AUUUCAACCAGAUCCAAAUCGAAUUUCAAAUGGGAGCAUAGAGCUUAGAGCUCACCGACUGUUCCCCGGUAUCCACCACCAUCAUCAUUCAUUCAUUCAUUCUCUCUCUCUCUCUCUCUCUCUCUCUCUCUCUCUCUCUCUCCUCGCUACAACAUUGACGAUGGCCGUAUGGUUUCUCGUCUUCUUCUCCGUCCUCUCCGGUUUGGCCUCUGCAGAUGCACAAACCGCAAAUGUGACAAAUAACCCAGCAGACAAGCUGGUCGCUAUACUCAACAGUAACAGAACUGCAGAAAAGGAAUCCUCUCUCUUUGACAAUCCGGGAUUAGCAUGCCUAGCUCUGCAGUACAUCAAAGCAUACAGAGGUGAUUGCAGCGAAGUGGGGGGACCCAAAGCAGAGGCGCCUCCCGAUGCUGUCUUCGCCCAAACUUUUGCCCCUAACUGCGGUGUCGAGGCUUCAAGCCUUGCUCCAAUCACCGGUCGUCUACUCGGGUGUGAGACGAAGUACAUGCAGCCACCAGAAGCGUUUUCAAAUAUCCUGGUAAACGACAACAAGAGCUUGGAAAUACUCUACGACUCGAACCACACGGAAGUGGGUGCCGCGGUGAGUGGGUCUGAUGGCGGGUCUCCCUAUUUCUGGUGCGUUUUGUUCAGCAGUGGCGAAACCAACAGCAGCUUCCUUUUGGAGGGUGGUGUCGCGAAGGAUACCCGACCCGGAUGCUUCAGUGGUGCCAAUGAUGAUUGUAGUGGUGGUGCUGGUGGCUGGUCAAGAACUCCUCCUCCUGUCUGGAAAUUUGCUGUUGGAGCUUCCAUUGCACUGGGCUAUGCCUUGGGUUUAUGACCAUGGCGAAUGUGGGUUGUUAUGGCUUGAUUUAAGGGAUCGGCCCCAUUGUGGUGUUGUAUUUGAUUGGCUACGCCUUGUAAUUUGUUCUCUGCGAUUUACUUCCCUCUUCCAGUGCAAAGAAUUCGAGAUCUUUUGGUCAA